AGGAGCGCUCCUGACGCACUGCGCAUGCCCAGUGCCGCAAAGACGCGGAGGUUUCCUCCAACUCUCUGCAACUUUGUCAAAGAAGAUGGCUCCACUUUCAGGGAUUCAGGAGAAACUUCUCCCCGGAGUCCCCUGGAGGUUUUAGGGGUGGAAUCCAGGGGUGAGCAGUGCGGAUCUCGGGGCAGACGCAGGAUGAAGGCCAACGACAGGGAGCGACACCGGAUGCACAACCUGAACUCUGCGCUGGACGCGCUGCGGGGAAUCCUGCCGGCGCUGCCGGAGGACGCCAAGCUCACCAAGAUAGAGACGCUGCGCUUCGCAAGGAACUACAUCUGGGCCCUGACGGAGAGCCUGCGCCUGGCCGACCAGCACGGCCUCACGGCGGACUUCCUGCGGGGGAUGCCCGGGAUGAUGCCCGGGAGGAUGCCCGGGGAGAGCGCAUGCUCCCCGGACUGGGACUCAGCAUCACCUGCGUCUUCAUCCUCCUGCGGGACCAACGCUGACUCUUACAUUUCUGUCCACGACAUGAGCUGUGAAACCUUUCCAAGCCAGGAGCCUCAUGCCAUCCCAGUGACUUUUUAUUUCAAGUCACUAUGUGGUGAAAAUGAACUCAGAAGCAGCUGGCAUUAUUAAGCUUGAUUUCAUCACAAAAUAAUUCAUUUUUAAAAGUCAGUUUUAGAGGAAAAUGUGUGGAGAUGGCUUUAAGACGUUGUCCGUGGGUUCUACAGGACUGUCUCAGAAAAUUAGAAUAUUGUGAUAAAGUUCUUUAUUUUCUGUAAUGCAAUUACAAAAACAGAA